AUGGCUUCAGUGACAGAAGGAGGAAAAGCCGGGGGCAAAGAUGCUUCAGACCAAAACUUUGACUACAUGUUCAAAUUGCUCAUCAUUGGCAAUAGCAGUGUUGGGAAGACUUCUUUCCUCUUCCGGUACGCUGAUGACACCUUCACGCCAGCCUUCGUCAGCACGGUGGGCAUUGAUUUCAAGGUGAAGACUGUUUACCGCAAUGAGAAGAGAGUGAAACUCCAGAUCUGGGACACAGCUGGCCAGGAAAGGUACCGGACCAUCACCACUGCCUAUUAUCGGGGUGCCAUGGGCUUCAUCCUCAUGUAUGACAUCGCCAAUGAAGAAUCCUUCAAUGCUGUCCAGGACUGGGCCACCCAGAUCAAAACCUACUCCUGGGACAAUGCCCAAGUCAUCCUGGUGGGGAACAAGUGUGACAUGGAGGAUGAGAGGGUCGUGCCCACCGAGAAGGGGAAGCUCCUUGCUGAGCAGCUUGGGUUUGACUUCUUUGAAGCCAGUGCCAAGGAGAACAUUUGUGUCAGGCAAGUCUUUGAGAGACUGGUGGAUGUUAUCUGUGACAAGAUGUCGGAGACCCUGGAUACAGACCCUGCCCUGGCCAGUGGAGCCAAGACCACACGCCUCACGGAUACCCCACCUCUCCUCCAGCCCAACUGCUCCUGCUAGGCCCAGCAGGCCAGGCUCCCCCUGCUCUCUGGGAACUCUCCCCAAACCCCAACUCUCCCACACCCUUUCCUCUCCCCUGAAA